AUGUUUUUAGUUCUUAUUACAAUUACGUUGGCAUUAACAUCGAAUAUCGAGGGAAAGUUGAAUGCAAAAGCUAAAGCAACACCUCCGCAUUGUACUCAAGUAACUAAAGACACUGAUUAUGCUUCGCGCUACAAGCUAGACUACCCUGUUGCUUAUAUUAUACCAGGACAACAUGAAGCUUAUCAACAGAUGUAUUGUAUAAAUCCGCCGGCUGUCAAUAAAGCGGUGACAGUAGUUUGCGAUUGGGCAGCACCGCCGCAGGUGCAAUUCACACUGGGCGAUGAAUACAUGCACGUGGUACGACAGGAUCCUAGCGGAAGAUUCCUUGGGAACGCCGUCAUCAAUACCUAUCAGCUGUGUAGCCAUAAUAUAUCUCAUGUAGAUGAUAAUUCUUUAGAUGGCCCGGUUGUUACUGAAUACUAA